CCUCAAGUGACACCGCGGAAGCUAAUGAUGGGAGGAGACGGCGGUGGGCUGGCCGGUUUUCGGUUUCACCAGCGUGCACGUGACCGCAAUGGCUGCUUCUCCGUUCCGUGCAGCGCAUCAUUCCUCUGCCGCCCAGUAAGCACUGGCUACAUCAGCUGAACCCUCGGUUUGCCUGAGCAAAAUUCAUCCACGCCUUCUCUGUGCUUCAUCCGAACGGCUCACCGGCGAAGAACGAUAUUUUGGAGAGAAAUAAAACCUCCGGGGGUUUGAACUUCUAGCAAGCAGCACGGCAGUAGGAGGAGUCAACAGAAGACUGUGCAGAUGUUUGUUCUUAGUGGAAUUUCUUCAAGAAAUGCUAUUGCGCUGACAUCCAAGCAGCAGGUCAAGGAGUUCUCUGUGUUGGGUUGACUCACUGUGACAGGUUUGACCCGAGAGCAUUUUGUGACCUCUGGAGCACCACUUCUCCAUUCUUCUUGCAUCGCAUUGUCCUAAAACCUAGUUAAUCAGACUGUGACUGCUAAGACACAGCCUCUCCAAACUUCUGGGUCAAACUUCUGGCUGCAAUUUCAGUCUUCAUUGAAGAAAAUAUAGACAAACAGUGCUGGAAUUCACAACAUCUCACUCAAAUACUUUGGGAUUGCAUCCAGAAAGUUACAUAACACCAAAACGGAAACUUGUAUACCUGUGAGCUGUCACUCUGGUCCAAUGGCGUCAUAACCAUUCAUCCACACCCUAGACAGCCAAUUAUUAACCAAGUCCUCUUCCUCACAGACAAACACACCCACUAUAACACGCAACCGCAGGGACACUCGGUUACAAGACUCUCCUGGUUGGAUUACCAAAGCAGCUCAUGAUGGGAAAGUGAGAAUCGGCCAUCAUGGAUAACCGGCACACAGGUCUGGGACUCAGUGUUGUUUCUGAGCGUGCCAUGUCUGGAAACGGCAACCCCUGUCCAAGCCCCGGAGGGUUGGGCACACCUCUAGGAGGAUUCCCAAUGCCCCACUACCAUUACUUCUUUUCUCAUGUGUUAGGUGGGCUUUCCCCUCCAGCCCUCCCAGGACUUCCUGUCAGUGGAUAUAGCACUCCAUCUCCUGCAACUGUGGAUACGCAGAGCACAAGCUCGGAGGAGAUCAUACCCAGCCCUCCUUCUCCGCCACCUCCGCCACGGAUCUACAAGCCCUGCUUCGUCUGCCAGGACAAGUCCUCGGGCUACCACUAUGGAGUCAGCGCAUGCGAAGGCUGCAAGGGCUUUUUCCGGAGGAGCAUCCAGAAGAAUAUGGUGUACACCUGUCACAGAGAGAAGAGCUGCAUCAUCAACAAGGUCACCAGAAACCGCUGUCAGUACUGCAGACUGCAGAAGUGCCUGGAUGUGGGCAUGUCUAAAGAAUUGAGCGGCAGAAGCAGCACAUAUAUCACCAAACCACAGCUUACUCCGGUUCGAAAUGAUCGGAACAAAAGGAAGAAGGACGAGAAGAAGCAGGAGUGUUCGGAGAGUUACGUGUUGAGUCCAGACACGGAGCAGAUGAUUGAGCGAGUGAGGAAAGCUCAUCAGGAGACCUUCCCUUCUCUCUGCCAGCUGGGAAAAUAUACCACGAACAACAGUGCUGAUCAAAGGGUGUCUUUGGAUGUUGACCUGUGGGACAAGUUCAGCGAACUUUCCACCAAAUGCAUCAUUAAAACGGUGGAGUUUGCCAAACAGCUGCCCGGCUUCACCACGCUCACGAUCGCAGAUCAGAUCACCCUGUUAAAGGCCGCCUGCCUCGACAUCCUGAUUCUGCGAAUAUGCACACGGUAUACACCUGAUCAGGACACCAUGACAUUUUCCGAUGGGCUGACACUGAACCGCACGCAGAUGCACAACGCCGGCUUUGGUCCACUCACAGAACUUGUAUUCGCUUUCGCCAACCAGCUCCUGCCUUUGGAGAUGGAUGAUGCAGAGACGGGGCUUCUUAGCGGCAUCUGUCUGUUGUGUGGAGAUCGGCAGGAUUUGGAAGAGUCCGAUAAGGUGGAUAUUCUCCAGGAACCGCUGCUGGAGGCACUGAAGAUCUACGUGAGGAAAAGAAGACCUCAUAAACCGCACAUGUUCCCCAAGAUGCUGAUGAAGAUCACAGACCUGAGGAGCAUCAGUGCUAAAGGAGCCGAAAGGGUAAUAACGCUGAAAAUGGAGAUCCCUGGUUCCAUGCCUCCCCUCAUUCAGGAGAUGCUCGAGAACUCCGAGGGCCUUGAGGGCGGUGGCGGGGCGAGAGGUGCAGGUGGAGCUCCACCAGGAAGCUGCAGCCCGAGUUUAUCUCCCAGUUCGGCGCGCAGCAGCCCCUCCGCUCACCCCCCCUGACUGUCACCUCCGGACAUAGCUCCACGCAGAACGAAACUGGUUAGAAACCAGAAAUAAGCCACAGUCGACCAGCGCCAGAGACCAGAAUUCCGGUAGACUUUGAUCCGGGGUGACCGGACCCCGAACCAAACAGUAAAUCUGGCUGGCUUUCAUUAGGUGAAGACCAAUUGAGUACACACAGGCCGAGCCUGAUCAAAACUCACAGUCAUUACAAAAUUCAGUGAUUACGUGAGCCCUGCAGCUUCUCACGUGGGGGAUCAAGAUUUUCCCUCGAUUUGGAGGAGCGGACUGAAGGAGAACACUCAAAGCGGCGAGCCUCGUGUGCGCGAAGCAGCAUCUCCUAGCGUCUUCCUGACUCCCUUCACGACACUGUGAAGGCCACGGGAACUUCUUGUCUGAGGGACGAUUCAUCUCGGCCUGUGACGCUGUUUUAUAAAUGUCAAUUCCUGAGGACACGGAACGCCUAAAGUCAGGGACAUUUUGAACUUUCCAACCAUUUAGGUUUUGUUUCUUUGUUUUCUUACAAAAAGAUAUAUGAAUAUAUGAAAUUCUAUAUUGACAGAAGUAUAAGAUUUGAAAAUUUGUCUUAGAUGGAAUGCAGAACAAUACUUGUAAUGAUCUUUCUCACUUUUCUCAAGAGUUGAAUACAGUUAAGUCAACCCACUGUUACGCUCACUCGGAAAGUGUGUCGUUGUCGUUCUGGAAAUAUUUGUAUGGAGACAAAAACAGGUGAUCCUGUUCACUUUAAUGCACAAGGGCACAUUCACACUGAAAAAGACAAGAGAGGCGCAAUGGUGUUGGAGCAGAGGAAUGCUUUAGAGAUAUACUAUCGUGGCAGUUUGCGGCUGACAAAUGAAGGAUCUCGUGUAAAGGAGCGACCUACUCUUGUGAUGUAUUGUGAUAAAGAUGAUCUCAGUUUUAAAGAAGCGGUGAGCGCUGCUUUCCUGUAGCUCUUUAAUAAUGCGUUUUUUCAUCAUCUGUCCCCGUCUACACAGUAUUAGCAGAUUAUAAAGUUUUCCAAAAAAUUGUUAUUCACAAAGAAUAUGAAGUCUAUUUUCAUGCAUUCUAGACCACAAGAACAUCACCACGUCAUUUCAAAAGUAUGACCAACUGUUGAGCAUUUCACACCUAAUGUUGUGUGGUUUCAUAACCGGCGCACAAGUCCUAAAGCCCAGCCGGUGGUAGCGUUGUAUGUUUUUAGCGAUCUCUACCACAUGCGAGCUGUUGUGAACACCCUGGAAAACUUUCACAUUGCCACAUUUCCCUUAUGUAUCUUACAACAUCACUGCCUCUGCUCUCCUGCAGCAAUCAUUUAUAUGUUGUCAACAACAACACUGCCUCCGUGUGACAAUCACUUUAAUUCACAAACAACUCUGCCUCUGUAACGCACUGAUCUCUGCCAGGCGUCUGGAUCGGAGAGUUCCCAUACUUUAGUUUUAAAUCCAAUUCUUUUGAUCAGUUAGCGUCAAUGUUUCACAAUGAUUACUCAAUGAAUACUUGAGUCAGUUCAGUGUUUAUUGUUAAGCAAUUAUAGUACAAAUUUCCAACCAGACCAGUGAAAUAAAAAUAUGUUCUCAUUUAACAUGUUCGUUUGUUCUUUGGAAAAUUUGAAUCCAGUCCUGUUUUGGCAGAUCAGUGUGAGCAUAUCAUUAUUGUACCAGUUUACAACAGCUCUGCCUCUACAUCACGUCUGCUGAGCCAGUCGCCUUGAACCUUUGUGCAGUGCGACGGCCGAAACGACUUCCUCCUUCACACGUGCUCUUUUCCGGCGAGUGAAGCGUGAACUCUUAUCUAGAGUGUUUUACUGCAACUAUGCACCAUUCUAACUGUUUUAAAAAUCACUUGCCUCUUCCAGUCGAUGGAUGUUGUUGACUUUUUCUUUUGAUUGUGUUCAAAUGUAUGCGUUCACUGCCCAAAGGUUCAUCGCUAUUGAGCCGUAAUAUGUCACAGACCUCAUCGGGCCUCCGUUCUCACUCCAAGGAUGAUUAACGGCUUUCAGAGAUCUACACAACGUACAGCACAAAAUCUGUACUGCUUUAAUGGUUGUUAUACAGUCAAAUGCACAAACAUGUUUCUGUUGUGUCAGGUCCCUGGAUAAGAGUAAUGUUUAAUAAAGACUUCUGAUGUGUGUGUUUCUGA